UGUGCGUUGUUUUCAGUGAUUUAAAAAAAAGUUUUAAAAAGUAAUGGAAGAGAGGAAGGCGCUUCGGACGCCGAAGUGCGCGCGGUGUCGGAAUCAUGGAGUGAUCUCGUGCUUGAAGGGGCAUAAGCGGCUGUGUCGGUGGAGGGACUGCCGCUGUCCAGGGUGUCUGCUGGUGCUGGAGCGGCAGCGCGUUAUGGCCGCGCAAGUGGCACUGCGGCGGCAGCAAGGCGCAGGCGGGCCGGCGCCGCGCGGCGAGGCAGCAGCGCUGGCCGCGCGGAGACGCGUCUACCGCGCGCGCCUGCGCUGCGUGCAGCUCGCGCGCUAUAUUUUGUUGUCAGAAUCCCUGCCGGGCGGCGGCGGCGACGCGGCGUGGAGCGAGCGCGUCCGCCGCCGGCGCGCCUUCGCCGACGCGGCGCUGGACGCCCCCGCCCAAGCCCCCGCGCCCGCCCCCGCGCCCGCGCCCGCCCCCGCCCCCGCCCCCGCCGCGCUCUGGUGCCGCCACCUGCUGGCCGCGCUGAUGAACUACGCGCCCGUUCCGCCUCCACCACCCAGACCUAAGAUUUCUUUCUCUAUCGAGUCUAUCAUUGGCGUGCAGUAG